AUGAGCUACGCCAAUAUCAGGAGACGAGACUUAGAGUUCCAGAUUGGAGAUCAUAUAUUUCUGAAAGUCUCGCCGCCCAGAGGCAUACGCAGAUUUGGAGUGCAUGGAAAGCUCAGUCCACGCUCUGUUGGUCAGGUGUUGGAGCGAGUUGGGCCAGUUGCCUACAGGAUUGCUCUACCCCCACGACUAGCCGGUAUUCACGAUAUUUUCCAUGUCUCAGCAUUGAGGAAAUAUGUGUUCGAUCCCUCUCACGUGAUUGACUUCACUCCGCUUGAACUGGGCGAGAACCUGAGAUAUGAGGAGCGACCGGUGCGAAUUCUAGCUCGUGAAACGAAAGAAUUGUGCAGCUCGGUCAUUCCUUAUGUAAAGGUGCAGUGGAGUAAUCACGAGGAGCGAGAGGCGACAUGGGAGCUUGAGACAGUGAUGAGGGAAUCCUACCCCUACUUGUUUGAUGCGCCGGUUUGA